GAUAUCACAAAACUCAGCGCUGCUUAUGCAUUGCGAUGAAGCACAUUGCCUUUCUGCUAUCGCCGAUCAGAGAGAUCGCAUGCGCUUUGCUGUUUGCGCUCGCACAUAUCCAAGUCUAUAUGUUUGCCUUGAAGAAUAUCGUCUACCGCAAUUCCCGGAAAUGCAAAGCCAAUCGCGCUAUCGAGCGCCGGGAUCCUCCAACGCCUCUGAUCUCUUCGCCUCUAGUCUUACGCCUUCCUUGUGUUUUUGCAAAGUUAUGCGUUGCUACGGACACAUUGAAAGGCGUAUUAUUUGCACCAGAACUCUAGUUACGUUCGGGUUUCCCGACGUAACUGCACAUAAAACUGGAAUAACCGUGAGGGCCCCCCUCCGGCGAUCGAUGCGACCGCAAUGGCUACUGCCCCUCCCCCUUCGGGGGAAGGGGCAAGCCAACCAUCUGGCGUGCUGCCCGUCGCGGCAGCAGCGGCAGUGGCUGCAGCAGGGGCCGCGGCAGAGGAAGCACAGGCAGCUGCAGCGGCAGCGGCAGCCCACAUCGAGCAGCUGUCGUCGCGGGUGUCGGAGCUUGAGUCCGAGGUCGACGCUGUGGUGCGGCAGCAGGUUGGGGAGGCAGCGGACAAAGCGACCUGGGAGCAGCGGUGCUCUGAGCUGGAAGGCGUAGUUGCGCAGCUGACGCACGAGAACAGCAGCCUAGCGGCGGCCAACAGCGGCCUCGACACGCCCCUCAUGCGCCAGUUCCAGCGCUUGCUGGCGGAGUGCGGUCCCGUUGGCAAAACCCACUUGCGAGAGCUCGCACGCCACGACUGGUUCAGGAAGCGGGCGGGGCGCCCGCCCGCCAAGGCGCCGCCGCCGCCGGCUGCCGCUGCUGGCACCUCCCAGCUCGGGACCCAGGCGGCCGACUGCCGUACUGCCCCACUCCUCGCGAGCACCGUGCAUGCGCGGCAAGCGGCGGCGGCGACGGAGGCGGGGCACCUGCAGCACAAGUUGGAGGCUGGCUCAACGGCCUUGCAUAACGACACGCCCGGCACUGCAGCUGCCACUACCGGCGCCAUGCCGCCGCCGCCGCCGUCCGAUGGACCGGAUACACAGGAGCUGGUCCGUGGCCAGCCCCACGCCCCCUCGCUGGCGGCCGCUUUAAAAGCGAAACCUGCACAGCAACUGGAAGACAUGAAACGGGAACUCCACGCCGCGUUGAAAGCCGCAGCGGCGUAAGCCAUUCGUGACACCAACUGAAACAGCGGCUUGGCGGCCUGAAGGAGCGAUUAUUAACUCAGGCUGGGGCGGGCGGCCCUGACGAUAUCAUGGUCAGACGCUGACGUAGUGAUGUGGCGUCGUGGCUGUGCCUGUGUAGCGGCGGAUGUAAGGACUGGCGGCUGGAGGCAGCGGCGCGGCGCCCCAGAAGCCCGAGCCCUGGGUCCCGACGCCGUGAGCAGUGGCGGCUGGCGAUAGGCUGGCGGCCCAGCGUCUCGCGGCGGCUGUGUAUUCAAGGAGCGGGAGCGGGAGCAGUGCAAACGAACGUGUACGGAUAGGUAGCAGCACAGGAGCAGGGAGCAGCGCGGUUGGAGGGAGCAGCACAGGGUAGGUUGGCCCAGCUGGGAGGGGCAGGCUGGCUGUGACUUGCGUGGUGGUGAUGGACUGGUGGAGUCGUCAGUCCUAUACC